AUGCUCACUCAGCCAUCCAACUUUCUGCAGCAGUUAGCCCUACAGGUAUGUGAGUGUACUCAGAUAUUAGCCAAUCUACAAUGGCUCUGUGAGUUUCAGGUGCUUGCAUGCAUUCCACUCGAAGGAUCAGUAGCCUUUGAAGAGGUGGCCGACAUUAGCAAUGUCCCAGCGGACCGGCUCCAGCGUGUAGUUCGCCUGAUGACGACCACUGGCUUUCUCUGUGAGCCUAGCCAUGGGCACGUUGCUCAUACUCAGUUGUCGGCGUCAUUUGUCACCGAGCCAGCAUUAUUGGAUGCAGCCUUGUUUCUGGCUCAGAUAGCGGUUCCCGCGGCACUCAAGAUGACGCCCGAAGUUCAGCCAUUUUGUACGUCGUCUGAUCGUCCCCAGCUGUGGGCACUGAGGGCGGCCGCAGACGGGCAAAUGACCGUUUUUGCCGAUGGUCUGGACUCCUCGCAACCCAAGGUCCAGCGUCAGUUUGCCGCCUAUCUGGCCCAUGGGAUACUGGACGAGGCAUCCGCAGUCGAUGAGGUGCUCAAGCUGGUGGAUUGGGAGGGUCUCGGAUCAACGACGGUAGUAGAUAUUCACCCUCCAUCGAUAACCACUGCAGCGACACUGGCCGCACUGGCGCCGGCCAUUCAAUUUGUCGUCCAAACGAGCUCCCCCAGUGGCCAGGGGGGUCUCAUCCCCAGCCCCGAUGGCCCCGGGGGUCCUUCGUGGAUGACCUACCAUCUUCCAUCGUCGGUGAGUAGCCGUAUCUCGGUGCAGUCUCGAGCACCUGCAACCGCCCAGACAGUUGUAGGGGCUGCCCUCUACAUCAUGCGUCUCCCAUCCCCAUCUCCACUGUUAUCGUGGACCACGGUUCGAAACCAAGUCAUGUUGGAGCUCCGAGCCCAUCUCCAGGUACUUCGCGCACAGCCCACUUCCCGCUUACUUUUAACUGCCCUGGUCCUGCCCCUUCCGGGAGCCGUCGAUCGUGGGACAGAAGCUAUGGUACGGCUGCGGGAUCUAUCGCUUCUCCAACUAUCCAAUGACAGGCAGCCAAGCAAGCCCGAGAUCAUUGAGCUUUUGGCUACUGCACGAGAUUCGGGGGGGGGGCUAGUCUUGAGUAAUGAGAUACGCUCGCCCAGCAGUGCCGUGAUCAUCCUUGAGGUGCGGUAUCAGGCUUACGAAGAGAAGGGGCGCUGA